GCCACGCACCCAGCGUUCCGCCCGGAAACAAGCCGGCUCAGCUCUUUGCAGAACACCGUUUCUAUGGCUACCGCUAGAUACGUUGGCAAGCCCUGCUUCCCUCUCUCGCUAUGGCGUCUUCCCGCUCGCCUUCCGAUCGCGGGCUGUACCCCCUGGAGGACACAGAACAGGCUGCUCAGAAGCUGCAUAGCCAAUACCGGCGCAUCCUAGCUCCACUUUCCCUCUUCCCCGCUACCCAUACUCGGCGGAGGAUCCCAGUUUUUAAAACUACUUCCUUCUAUUCGCCUUCUGCUCAGAAGCCCGGUGCGCCCCUCUCCCAGGCGGCCCUCCUGCAGCUGGUAAAAGGGCGCCUGGAGUUAGGGCCGCAGUGGGAGAACGUCUGCACUCAAGGGCAGAGUGUCUUCCAGGAGGUCAUCCUGGAUGAAGUGAAGCGCAUCUGGAAGGACACCCAGCGUUCGUUGUAUGACCCCGCCUUCAGUCUCCAAACGAACCGGGAGAUCUACCAGAAUCUAGUGGCCUACAUUGGCUUGGUAUGCCAGCAUCUCUUCCUUCACUACCUGUGCCUCAUGGAACACUGCCGAACCCUGGGUGUCUUCACUGACUGUGCCAACCUCACUCGCUUUGCUGCUCAGCUCUCCCUGGACUGCUCCACCUUCCUCAAAGUGUCUGCUGUCCGGCACCGCCUGGUGAUGGAAAUGAAGACUCUGCAAAAUCGCCAUCCAGAGCAAACUACGAAGAGUCUGUAUGGACAGACUGCAUCUCACCCUUUGGGUUGCCGCUUGGGAUUCACUAUUAGCUACUUCAUCAAGCUCAUCAAACCUCAUCUGCCAACGCUGAGACAGAAAAUAGCAAAAGAUAUAAGGGAGUUGGAGGACUUACCGCCACUGAAUUUAAGAAAAAUAAAGCAUUUACUUCCAUUGUCAAGACCUACUGUUCCCAUGCAACAAAUGACAUGUGCUGCAGUCACAACACCUUGUCCACCUAUCCCUGAACCAGUAGCUAAGCCUAAACGAGAACGUGCUCAUCGGCCUGUUUCUUUUGUCAAGAGGAGCAAAUCCCUGCCCAACAUGCGUGUUGGUCAGCUCCUAGCAGAUGAACUUGGAAUCAGUUUAUGUAUUCGUCGCCUCACUCCUGAUCUGCCUACUCAUUAUGCAGAACCUACAGAAGAUGGUGACCUCAAGGUGUCGAAAAACCUAGCUGAGGACCUCCGGAGGCUGGUGCAGGGUUCCAUCCUGAAAAGCAGCCAACGGAGAGCUAAACUGGAUGAGGAGUCAGAGCUUCCUCCCCUCAUUAAAGCCCUGACGUGGCGCAAGUCUAAUGAAGUUCACUGCGAGCAGCUCCAAAGGAUACUUUGUUCCCUGCAGCAGGAACAAGAUAGUGAGAAGCAGCAGAGAGACACCAUAAUUUCUGCACCAGCCAGUCAUCCUCAAGCUGCCACAAUUAAUCUCACAGUUCACAAUAGGCUGGUGGUGAAGGCAGCGGAUUUACAGGUAUCUGAAAGAACAUAUAUUGAAACUAUGGCUACAAACAAAAACACAGCAGUGUACAAUCACCUCCUGGGGGAGAUAGACAUUCCUACCAUCAAAGCUUUGGAUGCAAAUCUUUCUGCUGGGGAAGAGGUCAAGAAGAUAUACAUGGAACUGAAGAACACCAUCCUAAAAGACCACCAGAAGUUUGAUACGGGGUCCUUGAUAGAGCCUGCUGCAACUGACAUAGAACUAUCUACCUGCUUUGCUUCCUCAACACUAACUAGGAAAAGAAGCGAGCAGGUCAUCAAUCAAGAGCUGAGUCAAAUCCUGCCAGCUGGGCCAUUCAUCCUUGAGACAGUAGUAGACACACCUGCAACCCCCAAUCUACCUAUCAAAAAGAACUUAUCCAAAAAACGGCGUGCUUCUUGGCUCAAAUGGUGGAAGGCAACCUUCAACACUGAUGAUUACCUGAAAUAUAUCAGUACAAAGGAUUCAGACUAUUUACAAGUGGUAUUUCAUUUGUAUGACUAUGACAAAGAAGAAGAGGAAGAGGAGCAACCCGUAUUAGAUGAGGCUGAAAUUAAAAAACAGGAGGAGGUGAAAAGAGAAGAGAGAAAGAAAACUAUACAGUUACAGACUGAGAAGGAAGACUACCAGUCUGGGGAAUGGAACUUCAAUACCAUCUUGAUGGGGGGGUUAGGAACUUUCAUUGGCUAUGAUCACAAGCCUGAGGAACUCAAGGCUUUACAAAGGAGGCUGGAAAGACUGUGGACAGUUCUACAUUUCACUGAACAAGAGAGGCUGGAUAUGGCAAUUAAAUACAGUUCCAAAAUAUAUUACUUGCUGCUUCCAGACAUGCUCAAAUCUUGGGAGCUAGCAGCACAGUGUAUCCAAGACCGGGAGCUCUUGCUGUCUGAACUGGAAAGCUUUGAGCUAACUGCUUCAGAUCCAAACCGUUUCUUCAACAAGGCUACCAGAUCAUCUGUAUUGCGAAUGAAAGAAUCCAGAAUCAGGAGCCAGCUGUACUCUGAGUUGUCCAUGUAUGACUCUGAGCUCUGUGUCAUCUUCAAUCACAUCAAAAAGACAUUCAAUGAUGUUGUGACCUUCAAGGGACGCCCAUACUUGGAGAAGAUGGAUUGGGACCUAGUGGAGAUGCUGUACUGGCUACAGCAGGAGCGGCGUGCUAACAACCUGAAUAAAGUAAUCCAGAGAGGCAGGGAGCAGUGGAAACUCCACCCUCUUACUUAGACUUGCAUCAUUGCCCAGUUUAUUGUCCCUCAGUGACCCACCAAGAGACCAUUUCAGGACUUUUCUGCAUAUAUGCCAAAUUCAUUCAUAGAUUUUUUUUACAGGUUUUUCUUCAACAAAUGAAAGGCUUUACUAGUAGCACAACCUGGAGACAGACCCAAGCAAUGUUAAUAAAAAAUAUUCUAAAUCA